AUGGCCAUGUUGGUGGUAGCCGCACUCCUGCUGUGCGGCUCCCUUGCCAAGCUAUUGAUCUCACCUGUCGCCAAAAUACCUGGUCCUUGGUUGACCAAGGUCAGCAGUCUGCCACUAAAGUAUCAUGAAUUUAUCCCCGGCCGUCGCAUGUACAUCCAUCGAUUGCAUCAGCAGUACGGACCUAUUGUUCGUUUGAGCCCAAACGAGGUGUCAUUUGCUUCUCUGGAGGCCAUCCGUGAGAUCUAUGCUUCGGGUGGGAGCGGCUACAAUAAGACCGAAUUCUACGAUAUGUUCCGUCAGUUUGGGAUGAAGACUAUGUUUUCAACUCUCGACAAACGAACACAUAGCCAACGCAAACGUGAGCUCGCCGAUAGCUAUGCCAUGUCAAAUAUCCUACGCGAGCCUCACGUGUCCACCAUUCGCGAGCGGGCAGAACCAUUUGUCUUACAAGGUGCUGCCUUGGCUAGGAGUGUAGACGUCUAUGUGUUUCUCCAUUGCUAUGCCCUCGAUUGCGUGACGCAUUUUAUGUUCCAUCCUGGAGGGCUGAGUUCUCUUAACGAUGCGAAGAACUUCCAAAUCAUGGAAGAGAUGACCUAUCAUCACAGUUUGCAGAGGAAUUUGCUGCAAUAUUACCUACCUAAGCUGGCCCCGUACUUCCCCAGCUGGUUUAAACCACGUCGUGCGCCCAAGACGAACGCGUACGUCCAGAGUAUCACUGCACAAGAGCACUCAGACAGUCACAGUCUCCUCGGCCGUCUCACCCAGAAAGAGUCUUCACUUAGCCAUGCUCUGAUUGCAGCCGAAUGCAAAGAUCACAUGGCUGCCGGAAUUGACACCACCGGAGAUGGGCUAUGUUUUUUGAUGUGGGAACUAUCUCAGCCGGACCAUCUACACGGGGAACUUUGCUCUGCAACACCCGAUACCCCGCUUGAUAAGCUGCCUUAUCUCGAGGCCGUAAUUAAGGAAGGACUCCGCUGUGCACCGCCCAUUCCGAUGUCAUUUCCUCGAUAUGUUCCAAGCGGCGGACGAACUAUCGACGGAACAUUUAUUCCUGCUGGGACAAUCGUCAGUUGUCAGCCCUAUACACUUCAUCGAUUGGACCAAGAUGUUUUUCCUGAUCCGGAUAAAUUCAACCCAGAUCGCUGGAUGAAUUCAAAUGGGGCAAUUGAGCGUAAUCGGCUGUUCUUUGCCUUUGGGACCGGAGGACGAGGAUGCACGGGCAGAAACCUCGCCAUGGUGGAAAUGAAGAUUCUCCUGCGGGAGGUGUACUCAAAAUAUCGUACCACGGUGGCAGCGGAUAUGACCGGGUGUAUGGAUAUAGAUGAUCAAAAAAAUAUCUUCGAGACCAAAGGGUCAGACUUGCAGGUUGGUGUUCACGGCCAGGGACAACUAUUAGUGGAUGUAUGUGAAUUUAUGCUUUGA